CAUCCAUAAAUACGUGUGGGUUUGUGAAAUGUGCUUUUCCAGCAUGACGUGUCGACCGGAGCUCUGAAGGCAGCGCUGGACGGAGUGGUGCAGGAGUGUGUGAGCUUCGUGGGGGUGGACGUCAACAUCUGCUCCGAGAUGCUGAUGAGGCAUGUAGCGGGACUGAAUGCAGGCAGAGCUCGGAGUAUUGCAGAGUGGAGAGAGCAGAAAGGUCCCUUCAUCAACAGGGAGCAACUCAAACUGGUCAAAGGCAUGGGGCCCAAGAGCUACCAGCAGUGUGCUGGCUUCAUCAGAAUCAACCCUCAAACCCUGCAGAGUGUCAAGUCCUCACUUGAGCCUGCAGCAGCAGCAGCACCAGAGAAAUCAGCUGCUAAGAAGGGCAAAGGAAAGACCGGUGUCAGCGUACCUACCUCAUUUAACCCUCUGGAUCAGACCUGCAUACAUCCAGAGUCCUACCACGUGGCACACAGAUUUCUGUCAUUCGUGGGUGGGCAUGUGGACCAAAUUGGGAGUGCAGGUCUGCGAAACUGUGUGGAGAGCAAGGUUAAGACAAGCUGUGUGGAGGAGCUGGCCCGGACGCUGGACACCACACCUGAGACCCUCAAACUCAUCAUGGACGGCCUCACGCAGCCUCCCGGGUUCGACAUAAGACAGAAUUUUGGGCAGGCGGACUUUAAACGGGGCAUUGUCUCAAUGAGCGAUCUGCAGGUGGGCGCGGUGCUGACGGGCCGGGUGGAAAACACGGCUCUGUUCGGGGCUUUCGUAGAUAUCGGUGUUGGCCGUUCGGGCCUCAUCCACAAGAGCAACAUCACCCUGGACAAGCUGCCUGUCAGCCAGCGCCGACGCAGCCUGGCUCUGGGACCUGGGGAACGGGUGGAGGUCCGGGUCCUGAGUGUGGACUCUCAGAGGGGACGGAUUGGGUUGGACCUGAUCAGGGUCUUGCAGUAGACUCUCUUUAUUCCCACAUUUCACUUUUUAUAAUUGGACUUGAUUUGAGACGAGAAAAUUCCACACAAGGCUACUGAGAGACAAAUUGCUCCCUGACGCUAGCAGUGACUGUGGAUGAGAACUGAUACGGUUCUUGCAGGCUGAGCUGACACAUUCAUUUUAACAGGAAACCUGUUAAAGCGUAUAGGAACGGCGCUUUAUUUUGCAGUUAUGAUAACACAAUUCAACUGAUGUCUGCAUUUUCUUCAAGGUCCUGCAGUUUUCAACAUGCAUGCAAAAAUAUUUACACCAAACAUCCAACAUUACAAACAGCUGUUACAAGUCCAGAAACAAAAUGAACAUUUUAAUGGAUGUGAAACUUUAGAAACUCACUUCAAGGGAGAAAAAGUUGUAUUUAUUCUCAGGCUGAUUUGGAGUUGUACUUUCCUUGUGACUAAACCUGAUUGCUCAUUUUCAGUUAAAAAUGUUCUUUUUUUUGUCCACUGACCCCGUAGUUAGCGAUGUAAACAUACUAACAUCUACGCUUUGUUAGAUGGAACACGUAAUUAUUUGCACUUUAGUUUUAGCUUUGUACUUGAACUGUUAAUUUCUUUUGUAAAUGUGAUAAUCCUUUAAUUUUAGCUCUUCAAGGUGAGCUCAAGGUUUGUUCUGUGCUGAACAGUUUGUCCGGUCACACCUUUCUAUCACCUGUGCUGUUUGUGGUUUACUGUUCAUGUGAAGCCUUAAGAAGCCAAGUGAAGGAGUCGACAUGUUAUCCUAAACGGAUCUUACAUUGUACCUUGACAUAAAAACCUUUCCGUUAUACCCUA